AUGUUCUCCGCUCAGAUUCUUGCUGUAGCGACGUCGUGUACUAUUUUCCUGAUCGCCGCUUUGCGUCUGAGUCGCAAACGUGUCUACCCCUUGCCUCUACCGCCUGGCCCUCGCGGUUUACCAUUUCUUGGUAACGCACUGCAAUUGGACACCAAACGACCUUGGCUCACAUACGCUGCGUGGGGAAAGACAUAUGGCAAAAUCAUUCACUCUAGCAUUCUUGGGAUCGAUAUGAUCAUCAUAAACUCUGAAUCGAUCGCGCGAGAGUUGUUAGACAAACGUUCUGCGAUUUAUUCAGAUCGACCCGUCAUUCCCACCAAUGAGAUAUCUGGACUGGAUUUCAAUACUGUACUCCUUCCGUAUGGGGAGAAAUUGCGACAACAUCGCAAGCUCUUCCACCAAGUACUUAGGGCCGAGGCCUCUGUUUCAUACCAGGAGAUGUACUCUCGCCACGCGACUGAAUUGAUCUUUAAUCUUUUGAAGGUCACGGAUGACCUGCAGAAACCUACUCAAGCAUACACGGCAUCGCUGAUCAUGUCCGUGACGUAUGGAUAUACUAGUUGCGGAACUCAAGACCCAUUCGUUGACCGUGCUCAAGAACUUCUGGAUAUUGCCAGACAUCUUCUUUCUCCCGAGAGGGCUGCCAUGUUCACGGCCUUUCCUUUUCUUAAAAAGCUGCCAGUGUGGUGCUUUCGUGGAGCUUAUUCCCUGAUGGGUCGCAGCAGAGAAUUAUGUCAACAGCUUUUGAACGAGCCGUUUAACGAGGUGAAGGUACAGAUGGCAAAUGGUACCGUUACAAAAUCACUAGUCGCUGACUUCCUCAGUCAAGCUGAGGAGAACGCCGACGAAGACACGAUGAAAGCUGUUGCAUUGAUGGGAUACGUAGGCGGCAUAGACACGUCUACAUCCACGUUGCAUGUAUUCCUGAUGGCAAUGCUACUCUACCCCGACGUCCAAGCCAGGGCUCGUGCAGAAAUAAAUGAAGUUGUGAUGCAUGAUAAAAUGCCGACCAUCGAUGAUAGACCAUCGUUGCCAUACCUUGAUGCCGUUCUCCGUGAGGUUCUAAGAUGGUAUCCACCCAUACCCCUAGGAAUGGCUCAUGCGACAACAAAUGAUGACAUUUAUGGAGGGUACUUUAUACCCAAAGGUACGGUGGUGAUAGUUAAUCAAUGGGCAUUGUCUCGGGACGAAGACGUAUUUCCUGAUGCAUCGCGAUUUGAUCCCACUCGUCAUCUCACGGCUGAUGGGCAGCUGAAGGAUCAACAUUUUGUCAACCAUUUUGCGUUUGGUCACGGCAGGCGCGUUUGUCCUGGUCGUUGGUUUGCAGAGAACAGUCUGUGGAAUGCAAUGGCUACCAUUCUCGCCGUCUUGCGCAUCGAUCAUGCCAGAGACUCAAACGGAAACAGGAUCGAGGUAAAGCCGGAAAUCACCACCGGCAUGGUGAUGUGA